CCGCCGUUCGUGAGACAGAUGCCGAAUCUUGCCUCCGCAUCUCCAAGUCCCCACUCUAUGGACCCCGCACUCAAGGUCCGGGAUGCCAAGCGUGCCUGGUCCGAACUAUGAGGGCAGUUUUGCCCCUCGAGGGUCCACGACCCUGUGGCUCCUCGUUCCGGGUCUUCAUUCGCCGGGCUAUGCAUCAAGAAAAAAAGGGGCCACAUGGGAUGUAUUCGCCCUGGAGCAUUCAUAGAAGUUGAUGAGCGGCUGGCUCGGUGAUCAGCUUCGAGAUGAGCAAGAAUCACAGGCUUCGCCCGGCACUGCACCUCGGAGAUACCCCCCGGCUCCACUUACUGACCGGGACCUGAUCUAACCAGAUUUCAGACAAGUUGAAGGGCCCCAACCGGCCGGCAGGGGGAUUAUACCCCACCGUCGUGCUCGGGUAACCUUUCGAGGCCUCGCUCUGAUAAACUCUCUUCCAUCCCCUCACUGUCCCCUUUGGCUCCUUAGUACGACGCAUCUCGGUCUCUUGGUUUACGCGGUACUUGGCUUGCUCCCCUUUCCUCACCAUGUCUUCAUCCACCACCGCUGCCGCCGAGUUGUACUCGGUCCCCUUCUACAUCAAUGGCAAGGAGGUGCACCCGGAGAGGAAGUUCAACGUUGUGUCGCCGGCAUCUGGCAAGGUGGUCCACCAGGCUGGUAGCGCAAGCGAGACCGAGGUUCGCGCCGCCGUCGACACAGCAGCGGACGCCUUCCGGACAUGGAGGAAGUCGCUCCCGCGGACGCGUCGUGACAUUCUCCUCAAGGCCGCGGAUAUCAUGGUGCGGAGGAGGGAAGAGCUCGGUAAUUACAUGAUGGACGAGACAGGAUGCCCGCGCCAGUGGGCCGACUUCAAUGUCAACACGGCAAGGGAGUUCAUCAUCGACGUCGCUGGCAGACUGAGCGGUCUAGAAGGCACCCUGCCCACCCCUGCCGACCCGGACACCGGAGCCAUGGUUCUCAGGGAGCCCUUUGGAGUCGUCCUUUCCAUCGCCCCUUGGAAUGCCCCGUACAUUCUUGGCGUUCGCUCGGUACUCUUCCCCAUCGCCGCAGGCAACGCCGCCAUCCUCAAGGGCUCCGAGCUCUGCCCGCGGACCAUGUGGGGCCUAUGCUCCGUCUUCCACGAGGCCGGCCUGCCGGACGGCGUGCUGAACUUGCUCUUCCACGAGCCCGCGAACGCGGCCGCGAUCACACAGAUGCUCAUCGCCGACCCGCAGGUCAAGAAGAUCAACUUCACCGGCAGCUCCGCGGUCGGCCGCAUCAUCGGCAAGCUGGCCGGCGAGCACCUCAAACCGGUGCUGCUUGAGCUGGGCGGCAAGGCGCCCGCCAUCGUAUGGGAGGACGCCGACUUGGACAAUGCCGCCGUGCAGUGCGCGCUCGGCGCCUUCCUCAACUCGGGCCAGAUUUGCAUGUCAACCGAGCGCAUCCUUGUGCACAAGAAGAUACGCGCCGAGAUCGAGAAGAAACUCGUCGGCGCCAUCGACAACAUCUUUGGCGGCCAGCAUGACCCCCUCGUCCUGAUCAACAGCCUCGGCGUCACCAAGAACAAGAAAUUGAUUGAGGACGCCCUGAGCAAGGGAGCCUCGCUGCUGUACGGGGAUGCCAACACCCAGGAGGCGAGCGCCACGCGCAUGCGGCCCGUCGUCGUCAGCGGUGUCAGCUCGGACAUGGAUAUCUACAAAACGGAGAGCUUCGGCCCCACCGUGUCGUUGUUCGAGAUCGAGACGGAGGAGGAGGCACUGCGAAUUGCCAAUGACACCGAGUACGGCCUCUCCUCGGCCGUGUUCACUGAGGACUUGCGCCGGGGCCUUCGGUUUGCCAAGGAGAUCGAGACGGGUGCCGUACACAUCAACAGCAUGUCCGUCCACGACGAGACCGCGCUACCGCAUGGCGGUGCGAAAGCUUCGGGGUAUGGCAGGUUCAAUGCUGCGCAGGGCCUGGCCGAGUGGGUGAGGACCAAGACCGUCACAUUCCGGUGGUAAGCAGUCUUGGGAGAGAGAGGGAUGUCGGCGUCUUGUUACUUACUAGUAAUGAUACCAUUUUGUUUUCGUUCUAAUCAAGAGAAGGUAUUUAGUCCCUGCCAAUGAUGCCCAUUCAGAGUGGUUAGCCUUUCCCUUCCAGACCAGUUUUAGAAAUACAACGCUUCAAACCACUCGAAGCAGAGCUCCCCUUCAGGCUCGUACCAUCUUGAUGUCUUUCCCGCCCGUGACAAACCUACAC